GCUAGUUGUUAAGAAGUCUAUGACAAGAAUGAAAGGCAUUACCUUUAACCUCAUUGUGAUUUUUUUUGGGCUCUCCUCUCUUGUAUGCUUCAAAGCAAUUCCAAUUACAAGAACUGAAAGCUUUAUGCAAAGUGGUCAAGCUCAGCUUGCACCGAAGAUCGUCAACAACUACAAGGUUAUGAUCAAUGGGAGAAACUGGUCUGUGGAAGAGCCUACUGUUCAUGAAAGGAUGGAUUUGGAACUCCAUGAUUACCCACCAUCUGGGGCUAAUGGUCGUCACACUCCAAGAGUACCAUACCCAUAGUGUGUGUAGUUAGUACAAAUUUGAACCUAGUAGAGAUGCUUUGGGCAAUAAACUCUCAAUUAAGUAAGCUUGUUGUCAUUAGUAACAAAAUAUUAAUGGUCAUUUAUCUUUUUUUAAAUACUCGUUUG